CAUGUACGAAAGCAAACCACUGAAGUCUUUGUGUCUUAAACCCAUGAUGCAGUUGCGCUGCAUUGAUGAUCCUGAAUCGGGGGAAUCUGCUGGCGAUUGGCUGCCUUUGAAGCAGGAUUGGAGCACUCGUUGGUGUACAUUACCUGAACGCUAUAUGGAUGGCUGGGCUGAUCUAAUUUCCAUUUUUAACACCCGAGAAAGUGAUGUAUUUGUAGUAACAUUUAUGAAAGCAGGCACAACUUAGAUGCAGGAGCUGGCUUGGAUACUACGCCACAAUCUGGAUUUUGUGAGUGCCGCUAUCAAACCCAGUUCAAGACGAUGUCCAUUUCUAGAAUACUCAGCGCAUAACGAUUCAGCUAAUACAUUAAAAGCAGCAGACGAUCUAAUUAGUCCACGUGUGAUAAAGUCACAUCUACCAGCUCAACUUUUACCACGUCAGAUUUUUCAGAGGAAUUGCAAAGUCAUUUACGUUGCCCGCAAUCCUAAAGAUGUUAUCGUAUCGGCUUUUCCCUUUACAACUGCUAUGAAAAUGUGGCAAGGUGAUCUAGAUACAUUUAUUGAUGAGUUUUUGAAUGAUAAAGUGCUCUACUGUUCCUACUGGUCUCAUGUGAUUGACUUUUGGAGGAUGCGGAAUAAUCCAAACAUAUUUUUUGUAACCUACGAGGAAAUGAAGCGAGAUCUGAAAGAUGUCAUUCAAAGAUUGUGCAAGUUUCUGGGUAUAAAUGAAUUGAAAGAAUGUGAAAUGAACCAACUUUUGGAAUAUUUAUCAUUUGAUAAUAUGAAAAAACAAGAGUUUCUCAAUCCUACAAGCUUGAUUAAACAAAGAGUAGACAAUAUUCGAGAAGAUUUUGAUUUUAUGCGCCGUGGAAUUGUUGGGUCAUACAAGGAAGAUCUCACGGCUGAUCAAAUUGCGAAAAUCGAUCUUUGGAGUCAUACCUAUUUAAGCCAAUAUGGAAUCUGUGAGUCAGACAUUUUUGGUAAAAUAUGAGAUGCGUUCAAAUAAAACCUGAAGUUAAAUUUUUGCCAUUUGUUUUGUU